AUUCUUGAUUGGCGAUGAUCAAAACAAACCAGUUACUGUUAUAACACACCCUAGUCAAACCACCCAGCCCAAUCAUAGAGGAGGUUGUUGUGGAAGAAGAGGAGGAGCUCAGCAAGAGGCCACGCCCCUCCAAUGGAGUUGGAGCAACAGGUAGAAGUGAUUAUUCAAGAAGCUACAGAAAUUAAAGAAGAGGAAACUGAAAAGUCUGAAGUGGAAUUGACCAAAGAGGAAGGGGAGAUAAUUGACACAACAGGAUCUAUGUCACCAGUUAAGUCCCCUGACACAACUAGAGAAGCAGACGACAAUAAAAGUAUGGAUCAAAAGACUGGUUCACCAAAUGUCUCGGAAAUGCCUUCAGAAGAUGUACCAGAAAAGGGUCAACUGGAACAGGAAGCUUCAGCAGAAGAUGAGAGUAAGAAGGCCGAGGGCGCCGACACAACAGGAAUGAGGCUCAGUCUAGAGUCCCUCGAGGAGGAAGAUUUUGAUGAGGAUCCUCUGAAGACAAACCGAGCCCUCGCUGCUCUCCUCGAGUCAGAACGAGGUCAAGAAGCCACACCUCUUGGUGUUGAAGAGGUAUUUGAUAUACUGCCACUGUAUGGUACACUCGAGCCUGGCGACACGGAGCAGGUUACCAUGACGUUUUAUGGUCAUGCUGAUAUCUGGGGUCAAGCAAAGGCCAUCUGUGAGGUGGAAGGCGGACCUACAUACGAGCUCACACUAAAAGGAGAGGCCUCAUUAGUCAGUUACAAAUUUGACUGCAAAGAAAUUCAUUAUGGAAAACAGAUGUAUGAUCAUGUGGCCACCACAGAAAUCACUCUUGUGAACACUGGUAAAGUGGGUUUUGAGUUCUGUUGCCUUAACCUCGAUCCUGCACUUGCCAAGAAGCCCAAACCUGGUGUACCUAUCAUGGUGCCACACGCAGGAUAUAUUGAGCCAAUGAGCGAACAGAAAUUAACCAUCAAAUACCUACCAGGUGUACCAGAAAAAUUCAAUAAAUGUUUCCGUGUACAAGUGGCCCACUUUGAGCCUGAUUUGAUCACAAUUCACGGAGAAGGUGUUUUCCCACGAAUUUCACUUGAUCUGCCGAGGGUCGCAGAUGAUCAGUACACAACCCUGGUUAAACACGCCAAAGAAAAUGUAUAUAAAAGGACAAUGGAGAGUUUCGAUCCAAAGGGUAGCCCCAGCAUUUCACAUCCACUUGGCCAGCAUCUUGCUACGGAAAAUAUGCUGGUAGCUCAGUCACAGGGCAAUCAUCAAGAUCUGAUGAAAAAGAAGCAAGAAAAAAUGGACUUAGUGAAGAAAGGUGAACUAUGCUUGAUGCCAUCAGAGCUAGAUGUACAGUUAGAAGUGGAGAGACUUUCUGUGAGGAAUUACUCUCAUGACCUACAACAACAAGAGAUGGCAGUACACGAGUCGUACGACACUGACCCACCAAACAGUAAUGAGAGCAGGGAAACACAGAACACAGCGGACUCUAAAGGAGGUCGUAAAAAGAAAAUUAAACCAAGACUACCAGAAUACCUGCUUGACUUUGGUUACGUUGUUCUCGGAACUGUGCGCACUCACAUCGUCAAGGCAACAAAUACCGGAUAUUUCCCAUCUUCUUUUCAAGUAGAGCGUAAUGACUUCCAUCACCAUGGUUUCCAUGUAGAGUUGGAUCGUGUACGAAAUCUUCCUGGCUCACCUGAUUAUGAAUCAGUAGAUUUUGUUGUCAGCUUUGAUCCAAGGGGAGCUAAUUUGCCUCUUGGUCCAGUAGAGAGUUAUGUCCCUGUUAACAUUUUGAAUGGCCCAAUGGUUAUGAUGCGUCUGAAGGCCAAUGUGACUAUGCCAGAUAUGCAGAUCUCGGACGACACUCUAGAUUUCGGUGAGGUCCGGUGCGGUGAAUGUCGUGUGGUCAUUGUGCAGCUUCACAACUACCAACAUGUGAAAUGUGAAUGGAAUUCUUUACCAUCGGAGAAAGAAAGAAAUAAGAGAUCAGGUUUUUCUCUUGGCAAGGCAGAUAAGCAUGUACCUAUGCAUCUACGAAGAAAGAACAAAGCUGACAAGUCCAAACCCCGGUAUUUUGAGAUCAUGCCCCCUACUGGCACACUGAUGCCAGGCCAGAGACUAAAUGUUCAGGUCAAAUUUAUGCCGACAGAAGAGAAAUUCUACGAGCAGAGAAUCCCCAUCAGGAUAGCUCAGAGCAGUCAGAGAAUAUUGUUGCUAUGUAGAGGUCAAGGGUCAGAGCCUCGACUUGACUUUGAUUUGAACAUGAUGCAGUUUGGACCAAUUCUGCCUCACAGUGUUGGUGAUGAAAAAGAGGUUGUCGUGAAAAAUCCAUGUGCAUUCCCUAUAGAGGUGUACAACCUAGAGUUUGACUCACAGUACCUGGAAGAAGAAAAGAUGUUACGUCUGAUGAAAGGGUAUGAUGAAUAUAACACAAUACUACUACCUCCUCGACCCCCAGGGGAGAAACUGCCACCAGAAUUAUUGGAAUUCUAUGAAGAACAAAUGUUGAAGCUAGAAGAGAGUGAGAAGGCUCGUCGUGAAGCAGAAGAACAAGAAGAGUCUGCUAGAAGAGAGGCGGAGGAGAGGGAAAGAGAAGAAAAUGGUGAAGAAGGAAAAGAGAAAGAGGAUGGUUCAGAUAAGACAGAUGCUGGACAUACCCAGGACGGUACAAACACAGCCAGGUCUAGAGCAGAAUCUAUUGCUGACAGUGCCGAGGGUCUGGAUGAUGCCAAAUCUAAACAUGAAUCUGAUGAUGGUAAAGAAACAUCAAGCAGCGUUGGUGUUGGCGAGAUGGAGAUUACACCUGUAUCGAAGGCCGUAGCUAGACAUCUUGGUAUUGACCUGUCUGACGAGGGCAAAGCAGCACGUAAUAGACGAGGCAUUGCAUGUAUCGUUAACGGAGCACCUUUAUCAGGAAAGACAGCAACUGCAAUAACUCUUGCAAAACAAUAUGAAGCUGCUUUGUUAAGCAUAGACAAUGUUGUGUUAGAUGCUAUAUCUAAUGGUAACACAAGCUCUGGUCUUAAGGCACGUGAAAUGUGCGCUGAAGCCGCACGUAAGCGUAUGGAAGAGAUUCGCGCCCUGGAAGGUGAUGAUGGAGAGAAGAAAGUGGCAGGCGGUUUGAGUGUUGAGGCUGUGGCUGCUCAUACACAGGGAGCUACAGGUGGAGUGUCAGUAAGUGCCGCCCACUCUAUGGUGAGCAAUCGUAAAACAAGUACCAUUACAGAUGUGAAGGGCAUGAAAGACAAACAUGGCAGCGUCCUCGGAGGCAAGACAAAUAUCAAUACGUCAUCCAUCGAAGGUGGCACAGGGAGUCAGCAAGGUAGCAAGUCACAGCUAUCAACAGAACCUACAAGAAGUGGAGGUCGAAAAAACACUCUUGUUGACUUCACAGUUCCAAAUAUGGACAAGGUUUUAGAGCCAAAAGUACCAAGUAGUCCACCACCGCUGGCUGCCCCUAUAGCCCGCAGACUGAGUGUAAGUGCCAGCGUGGCUGGAGAGGAGGGACUUAUGAGCUGUGUGUUACCGGAAGAACUUCUGGUUGAAAUCCUCGCUGAACGCCUACAGUUAAAUGACUGUCACCGAGGGGUGGUGUUUGAUGGGUUGGAGACCCUGUUUGCCCAGAACCAGCACACGGCGGCCUCGGCUGUACUGAAGGCCCUCAACAACCGCAGGUUUAUUUACUUUAUCUCCCUGAAACUGGACUAUAACCAUCUGAAAGAACAAGAAAAGAAAGACAAAGAGGAAAAAGAGCGAAUGGAUCGUGAGCGUGAGGAAGGCGAGAGAAGAAGAUUAGAGGAGAUGUCAGAAGAAGAGUAUGACGCUCUAACGGAAAAAGAGAAAGCUGAAGUUGACAGAAAACGUCUCGAAAUUAAAAAAGAACGGAUAAGAAAACGUUAUGGUUCGGCUACAAGUUAUAGACGAAAAGAGAAAGAAGCCAAGGAAGAAGAAGAAAGAAUAAGGAGAGAAAGAGAGGAAGAGGAACAAAGAAUAAGGGAGGAAGAAAGAAAAGGAAAGAAGGGCAAGAAAGCUGCUAAGGAUGUCAAGGAUGAUGUAGGUAAAGAUGGUAAGAAAAGUCAGGCGGCAGGAAAGGGCGUGUCAGCUAGUCAGGAGAAGGUGAAGAUUGGAGGAAAACACGACGUUGACCAUACUGUUAGUAAGACAGGAUCAAACACUGAACGACCUGAGUCACAUCAGACCGAGAAAAGUGAUAGCCAGACCACUGGAGAAGCCGACAAGAAAGGUAAAAAAGGCAAGGACAACAAAGAGAAAGUGAAAGGAGAGAAGGGGAAAGAUGAAGCUGUUACGGCUGAAGAAGUACCAAGAGAUCCAAUUAAAGAGGCAGAAAUUCUACUGAUGCAGAGAUUCAGAACAUUUGAAGUCAGUCAGAAAGAAAUUGCUGAGCUUGUGGAAUAUUGGGACCGCCUUACAUUAAAUUUGAAACGUCCCCGCACACCGUCUGAGAGAUCAGACGAAGAUGGACAGCAUCAGCAUCCACCCUCAGGCAAGAAAGGAAAAGGCAAAGACCAUCAUGCUACUUUUGAUAAUGAUAAAGUUCUUCUUGCUAUUCCUGAAUCUGCUGAGGAUUUGUCCACAAGUUCAAUGGGUCAGAGACGGAGACACUCCGAGCAUGACAAGCAUGAUAAAGAAAAGGCUGAGAAGGAAAGGCAGAGGCAAAUAGAAAAGGAAAAUGCCGAGAGACUAGCAAGAGAGGCGGCAGAAGCAGCUAAGGCGGCAGCGGCGGCUCAAGCCGAGGGCGAGGACGGUGAGACUGUAGACGGUUCCCAGGAGAAGGAAGAAGAUGUGAUCGGGGUACCACAUAUUGUCAUUGAUGUACAUGAGAGAUCUUCUACACCAAGUCAGAAAGUGUUAAAUUCUGGCAGGCUGCCAACAGUAGAAGAGGUUCUUGAUGGUUUGGGUCUUGGACCGAGAGGACCACCUAUACCACCUCCAGCUAAUUUCAGUGUAGUACCGUACCCAGUGAAGCGUCGUGCCCCGGGUGUGUCUGAGUUUGGAGGAAGAUAUCUCUUCAUUGCCUCGUCACCAGAUGAUCCAAAUAUUGGAGUCAUUGAGACAAAGGAGUCUGAACAAGAAGAAGAAAAGUCAGUGACCCCUGACAAGGGCAAGGACGACCAUCCAACCCCAACGAAAGGUAAAGGCGGGAAAGACAAGAAAGAUGACUCAAAGAAAGACACAGGAAAAGAUAAGGAGAGAAAGAAAAGUGCCGAGAGGAAAACAACUUCGAAAGGCUCUCGUAGAAAUUCUGUCGUACCACCUUCCCCGCCUCCUGGCCAUGCUACACCCAUCUCUGAUGGUGAUGCUUUAAGCACGGCGGGUGAUCUGUCAUCUCUAACCGACAAUAAAACACCGAAAUUGACAAUUUUCCGAUGGAUCAUACCUGCCAAUGGUGAGGUCACACUCAGACUCCGGUUCCAGUCCGAGGAACUUGGCCAAUUUGAUCAGACUCUUAACUUUGAAAUUGUUGGAACCAGACGUCGGUACCAGCUCUACUGCAGAGGAAUUUGUGCUUUCCCAACAAUCAGCAGGGAACCAAGAAUUGUGUUUCCACAUCGUAAGAAGAGUAAGAAACUGGAUGAGAUCGUGCAUAAGAAAUAUAUUCUGACAUCUGAGACUUUCGAGUUUGGACCGCUACUUGUCGGAAGAAACAGAGAUAGGUAUAAAGAAGGAAGGUUCCCGGAACAUAUGGAGACUCUGACAGUAAAGAAUACAUCCCCAUUAGAUGCUGACAUCAGUUUCUGUUAUCUUAAUGACAGUAAAGGAGAGACAUUCUUGCUGGAUCCACCAGCCAUGAUGCUUAAACCCGGCGAGCAACAGGAUUUGAGCAUUUGGGCGUAUCCUAUGGUACCUAACCAUUACGAGGAUUCCAUUGUAUGCUGUGUAAGAGAAAAUCCCGAGCCAGUGGUAUUCAAAGUUUGUUGUGACGCGUUCCGUCCAGAGCUUGACCUAGAUAGGAAACAGCUUCACUUUGAUAGAGUCUUAUUACACAGGAAAGAUACAAAGACCAUUUACUUGAGAAACAGCACCCAGAUUCCUGUACACUGGAAACUUAGUGGCCUUGACAUGCUAGGCGAGGACUUCACUGUAGCCGCUGACAGUGGUAUUGUUGAGCCCAAGUCAGAAUAUGCCCUGAAUGCCUACUUUAGGGCCAUGAAACCUGUCAACUCCAUGAAGAAAAUGAUCAGACUUGAGAUUUCUGAUGCUGAAGAAACAAUGGGUGUGAUCAGAACAGAACCUAUACAAGUUAUAGCAGAGGCUUAUGAUGUAGCAGUUGAUAUUGCUUUCCCUAAAGGAACUGAUGGUGGCCUUGACUUUAGCACAAUCAAGGUGAUGGAUGAGGUCAAACAGACAUGUACACUGAAAAAUAAGGGCAAAUAUGAUAUUCAGUUUAACUUCCUGUUCGAGAACGUUGAUCCUUCCAACCCUAACAUAACCAGUCUGUUCUCCGUGAUUCCAUCGAAGGGCGUGCUAGCCCCGCAGGACAGACAGACGGCUGUACAGGUCAUCUUUAAAUCAAACAAAGAAGUAACAGUGAAAGAUCAACCCAUCCUGAAAUGUCAGGUGAUCGAACCAAACAUUGCCGAGGAUGGUGAACUCAUCGCCAGUAUUCCGGUUAAAGUCUCCGUAAAGGCCGUCUUCAACAAGUACAACAUUUUACCAAUGAGUGACAUCAACUUUGGUUCCCUGUUAGUAAAUAGCAAGAAAACACGAACAUUUAUAAUUGAGAAUAAGGGAGAAUUUGAUUUCAAAUACCAAAUAUCAAAAAUGAUCAAAGAACCAGCCCAGCAGCCUGGAACCAGGUCAAUGAGACCGCCUGUAAAGGGAGAUAAGCGUACAAAAUCUCGAGAUGGCUCUAGUUCAGGUAGAUCUGUUGCCAAACCAAAGAAAACCGAUUCGACCAGUGAACAAUCCGAAAGUGUUGUGCAGAAGCCAAGCCACAUAAGUGGCACGCCUGCCAAGUCGGGCAGAGACCAUCCAGGCGUUGGUAGUUCCAUGCGUGGAAAGUUUACUUUAUUCCAAAAUAACAGACAAGAAAUGGGUGGACAGUCUAAGUUACAGCUCGGAGCUUUCACGAUAUUCCCAGCAUUUGGUAUAAUCUUACCAAACGGUCAUCAAACCAUCACUGUCGACUGUGUGGCCGAGUCACAGGGAAGAUUUGACGAGGAGUUAAGUAUAGAUAUAGCUGAUAGAGAUCCAACUGAUCACCCAGGUGGCAUAUCAUACAAGUUGCUGGCCGAGGCUUGUAUCCCGUCCAUUAAUGUUGACGACCUUGGUUCGAUCUUUGAGGAGCACCGUGUCUGCAAGAACUUGAGUGUCUGGCAGCACACAAACUCUCUGGAGAGUAGUGGUGUUUAUGCUGAGGAUGAGAAGAAAUUUGUGUUUAACAACGUGAUUGUUGGACGUAAAGCUACUGCUAGAUUCAAGAUCUCCAACAACCAGAAGGUCCCAUGUGACGUGGUGUUCACUGUAAAACCCCUAGGUGCAAAGAGCCGGCAACAAGACAUAUUUGAAGUAGAACCUGGCAGGUCUCAAAUUAUGAACCACAGUUACGUGUAUGCCACUGUUACCUUUACUCCACCUUCAAUGCAGAGUUUCAGUGCAUUGUUUGAAGCAGUCAUUGACGGACUGUCACCUAACCAGGCCAGAGGCAAGACCCUCACAUUUGAAAUUGCUGGUGAUGGUAACUUACCCAGAAUCUCUAUUACCAAGCCAACUGUAAGAAACAAGAGAGGACAACCAUUACUCUUGUUCAAGAAAAAUCUUGUUGGUAGAACAGAGUCACUUCCCUUGGUUCUGCAAAAUGAUGGCACUUUGCCAAGUAAGGUUGACAUAGAUCUUAUAGACCCUGAUGGAGUGUUCAAACUAUUGCCAGCAGAAAACACAAAUGCUAUCAUGGCAGAUGACGAGGAUGAAGAUGCAUCCAGAAGACCACACACAGCCUCAGUCAAUGUCAGUGUUGGUGAAACUGUCGCCUUUAAAGUCAAUUUCUGCCCAACGGCAAUCCAGAGGUCACAGGCACAUGUUCGUGUAUCGGUGAUUGACAACCAGUACGAGGAUUCUGUAAUCCAGCUUGUUGGCGAGGGAUACGAGGAUGAAAUCUCAUUGGACAAGAUAAACAGCGUAGAUGUACCCAUUGACCCCGAGAGUGAGGAAGGCAAUAUGGCUGAAGAUGAUGUUUCAGCUGCAAAACCAAAUCUUAUUCGGUUUGGAGACUGUUUUAUCAACGAGCCUCGUACUUUGACAUUCUCGAUGACAAACCAUUCCAAGACAGAUGCAAUCAGAUUCCAGUGGCCUGAUCAUCCACAGUUGAAAUUCUCGCCCACUGUAGGUCAUCUCCAUACCAACUGUAGUAAAGAUUUCACAGUGACCUUUAAAUCUGACCAGCCAAAAACACUGCAAGAGUCUGCAGUGCCGUGUAAAGUUACCAAGAUUACCUUUAACAAACCAGGACAGGCAACAGACUGGGAUGACCGUAUACGUACUGUCAAGUGGGUUGACAUACCAAACUCUCCUGUAGAGGGCAGCACCACCGGAACUAAGACAGCCACCACAGCCACGCCUAGGCCAGCUAAGAGGAAGGUUGUAGAAACUGAACCAGAACCUCCUCAUAGCGAGGUUGCCGACUCGGCUCGAAAUGUUGAUCUGCUUGUCAGUGCCGUAGCUGAUUAUAGUAAAUUCAAGUGUAAAUUAGACAGUAUCUGCUUCAGAGAGACUUUGAUGUUCCAAACCAGAGUUUACGAGUUUCAGAUGAGUAACAAGGGAUCGGUUCAGCUAGAUUACAGUUGGCAGGUAGUAAUGGAGAACUUCACACCAACCAUACAGCGUGCUGUGACCUUCAUCUCUGAAGGUGACAGGCCCGAGUCUCGUGUAGACGUAAUUGACACACAGUACAUUCCGUUCACUAUAGAGCCAGAGUAUGGCACAAUUAUGGCAGGAAAGAAACAGACAUUUGCUGUCAAGUUUACUCCCCUGGAUACCAAUGAUUAUGAAGGCAGACUGGUCUGCACGAUUUCAAAUCUAGAGAAGAAUUCACAAGGUCCAGUACUUGGCAUAAAAGGAAAGAGUUUAAUGCCAUAUUGUCACUUUGAGUUGGAAGAUUCUGACUAUAUUACAAACGCCCGCCGCAAUCCUGAGAUGAGAGGACCAGGUGGGGCACCUCCUGGCACAACACUCGACCCUAACACUAGAGUGAUUGAGUUUGAAACCACAGGAGUGUCUGUGAAAUGUACAAAAUCAUUUGGUAUAGUUAACCCCACUAGUCAGAUAUACAGUUACCAGUGGAUAUGUGAGGAUGAAGUUGACCCAAAGAAACCUUCAUCAUUCCUCUGUGUACAACCUAAAGGACAAAUCAGGAGUGGAAAGAAAGCUACUGUAACAUUUGAGUACAGCGCCACUCAGCUGGACGUGGUUGAGUCAUUCUGGAGAUUUACGAUACCGGAACAGAAUAUCAACAUUCCAUUCUUACUUGUUGGUCAGGCGAAGGAACCGGACAUCAUCAUGGAUAGGUCACACAUGAACUUUAAGGCUCUACUUAUAGGUCAUGAAGCCAAGGAAACAGUGUUGCUGAUCAACAAUGAGAACCAAUCAUUCCACUUCAAUUUUGAUGAAGACUCCACCCACUCAGCAGGAUACUCCGCCCACUUGUUUGUUGAACCAAUGGCUGGUGUUCUACCUCCUAAAUCCAAGAUUCCUGUGGAUCUAUACUUCACACCAAAUUCUGACAAAGAAGUAAAUUUCAACCUGACAUGUAAUGUACGUCGUAAAACACUGCCAGUUUCACUGAACGUGAAAGCAGAAGGCUAUUCCAUGGAUUGUACGUUACUGUGUGAGGAUUCCCUCGGUAACAGAGUAGAAUUAUCACCAGACGGUCUAAGUCAGAUCAAUUUUGGUGAGGUGGAAGUGAAUGAGCAACAGAUUCGCAAUUUGUUCAUUCUGAACUCUGGCAAGUUUAACUUUGAUUAUAACUGGGAGCUUAACAUGGCAACAAAGCGUAAGGAUAUGGUGACGAUCACACCGAUGUCUGGUGGCGUGAACCACGGUGAGAGGAAGAAAUGUAUCCUGUCUUUCUGUCCGUCUGCUAGAAUGACCUUGAGAGAUUCAGAACUUGCUCUUAAGAUAUCCCAUGGACCAUCUUACCACAUAGCUUUGAAUGGUCUAGGUGUGAGUCCAGGCCUCCACUUCUCAUUCCUGACAACCAACUUUGGUAGCUGUUUUAUAUACCGUGCUGGCAUGCCGACACAUACCAAGGUGCUCAAACUUACUAACAAGGAUAAGAAGGAAAUAAGUGUUGAUUGUCUUUACACACCAACCAAUCAUUUACAUCACACAUUUGAGGCAUGUGUUAUCCAGCCAGGACAAUCUGUAGAUGUAGCAUUUACAUUCUAUCCUAGAGAAGCCAAGAAAUACAAGGAAAUUGUCACAUUUGAAAUCAAUGGUCUUUCUAAACAGGACGUGGAAAUUAACGGCCAAGGAACAGAGAUGAAGAUUGAGGUAGCAGACCCAAAACACAAGAUGUUGAACCUUGGUGCUCAAGUGGUUGGCAAGGUUGUAAAACGUUAUAUCCCCAUCAUCAACAACAGCCCUGCUGCUAUAACUUUCACCCUGGCCUUGACCCCCACAACCCCAGCCCUACAACAACCAGGAGUGUUAUCUAUAUCCCCCACCCAUCAGAUUACUCUGGAGGGCAAGGGUGGCACCUGUAAGGUAGAGGUGAUUUUCAAACCAACUGGUAGGAUACCACAGUUCAUGGAAGAGGUGUUGUUGGAGUGUGCCGGUCUCUCACAGCCAUUGUUUGUGAUGCAGGGCUCAUGCCUUGGCAUGGAGAUCUCACUCGACACCGUGGCAAUACCAUUUGGUGCCGUUGUUCAACGCAGCCAGACUUCUAGAAAGAUUGUUAUGACAAACUCUGGAGACAUGAAUGCCAAAUUCUGCUGGGAUAUAAACAGUUUUAAGCCUGAUUUCUCAGUUUACCCUGUGGAGGGAUACAUCACACCUGGUAUGGAAGUGACAUUUGAAGUAUUCUUCCACCCACAAGAAAUAAGCCAGGAUAUAAGAUAUGAUAAAUUGCGAUGUUUCCUCGAAGGUGGACCUCAUAAGCCUGUCACUUUGACCUUGACUGGAACAUGUAUCGGUAACCCACCAGUGAGAGAAGGUCAACAUUUCUCCACCAAUGUUAGAGUCAAGGAUACUAAAAACUUGACCAUUCCAAACCGAAGCAACCAGACCUGGCAUUUGAAGCCAAUCAUUGAGGGCGAGCAAUGGAGCGGUCCGGUAUCGUUUACCGUUGAGCCCCAGCAGACAAAACAUUACGAGCUCACGUAUUUCCCUAUCACCAUGACAACCGAGGGUAAAAAACACCAGGGCUCGAUCUUCUUCCCACUCCCAGAUGGUACAGGGCUCAUGUUUAACUUGGUCGGCACAGCUGAAGCUCCCAGACCCAGUGGAAAGGUUUCACGUGACAUCCCGAGCAAAACCUGGUACAAUGAAAUGUUACCUGUACAUAACUGGCUCAAGAAGCCACAAAGGUUUAGAGUGAAAGUUGAGCCAAUGAGACAAGAAAAGUUUGAUACAGGUACACAGAUCAAGUCUAUGGAUUAUAUAGACGUACCUGCCAGCAGUAAGAAAGAUUACAAACUCUCUUUCUAUGCCUACAAAGAGAGUAUUACAUCAAUGAAGGUGACAUUUAUAAAUGAGCCAACCGGAGAAUACCAGUACUAUGAGGUGACAUUCAAGGCAACACGACCUGGCGUGAUCAACACCAUUGACCUUGUGACCCCAGUUAGACAAAGUGUCCAUCACAAGAUCAAGUUGGACAACCCGCUACCGCAGGCUGUGACCUUUGCAGCAUCCUGCAAUGUACAGGAAGUCCUUAUGCCGAGCACUCUGAAUGUACCUCCAAACUCGAGUGCUGAUUUUACCUUGGAGUAUCAACCAUUGAGAGUUGGUGAGAGCACUGCAAGACUUGAGUUUAGCAACAAUGAGCUAGGCUUCUACUACUAUGACCUCAAUCUGAAGGCGACCUCAGCUGGGCCAGAGAGAGCCCUGUACUUCAGGACCUGUUUGGGCCAAAGUCAAGUCCAAGUUGCAAAAUUCUUGAACUUUGCAAAACAGAAAACAGACUACACUUGCAAGGUUGAUAACGGAGAUUUCCAUGUUGAUAAAACAGUGGCUGCAGCACCAGGAUCAACUGGUGGAACAGAAGUAGGUCUGGAUGUCUCGUUUGAACCGUCACGUCUAGGAGAACAGAGGGCGCUGCUAGUGGUGAGCUCUCCAGUUGGAGGUGAAUACAGUUUCCCGCUCUUUGGUACCUGCAUUGCUCCAAAACCACAGGGACCAUUUAUGAUCAAGUCAGGAUCCACUACGACCAUAUCUUUCAGAAAUGUCUUCAGUAGUACAACAGCAUUUACUUUCCAAGUUGACAAUCCACUUUUCCAUUUAGUAAAAACAAGUGAAAAUAUUCGCUCACGUAAAGAUCAUAGAAUUUCUGUAGGCUUUGAUGGAAACGAGGUUGGUGCAAAAGCGGCUGUCAUGGGCAAACUCAUUGUGACAUGCCCAAGAUCUGCUGGUGGGAAUUCUAACGUACAGUGGGUGUACUACCUUAAAGGUAUUACCCAAUAAAUUUGAACAUUCUAUUUUUGCAUUACCCUCUGAAAAUAUGAAAAACAUUUAGACUUUGUUUUAUAAAUAUACUUUUAUAAAUUAAUAGUUGUGUGAAUAGAAAAACUACAGAUAUAAAUUUCUGCUGAAUUGUGUGAUAAAUGAACAUUGUGCUUUUAUUGAUAUUGAUUAAAAAUAAAAUGUUAACUUCUGUUUGUAUGUAUGAUAUAUGUUACUGUUGAUAUAAAUUUGUAUUGUUUAUUUAAACUAUUUAUUGACUUUAUUACUGGAAGAUUAAAAUGUUAUGUUGAUUGCAGGAACUGCAAAGUUUAGACUAUGAAUUGACUUGUUGCAUGAUUUUUUUAUUAGAAAAUAAAUUUGUUAAACAUUAUGGCACAAUAUUGAAAAUGUAUCAAUUCUUUAAUUGAUAACUGAGACACAGAAUUUGAUUGGUAAACUGUAUAUAAAUAAAUAUUGCCGCAGUUUAAAUUUGUUAUAAUGUAUUUUAAGGAAUAAUUAAAGCUGUUAAUUCACAUUAUAUGCAACACAUCUUUCCGUCCAAAUGAAAUUUACAUUUUUUUCUGUUAUAUACAUGAUAUAAUCAAUGUACACUGCUAUACAUUAGUGUACAUGUAUAUUUCUAGCUGGAUUGCAUUCCGUCCCAAUGUUUUAAUCUUAACAUGUAUGAAAUUCAGUAUUUAUAAAACAGUUAUUAUUUACAAAAUAACAUUCCCCAAAUAUGUGUUAUUAUGUACAUUGACUUACAUUUUGUUAUGAAAAAAUGAUUGUUUAAGUAUUACCGUAGUUAAUGUAUUUAAGAAGCUGACCACUGCUGUGAUACUUUUUUUAUGAAUUUUUCUAUAUAAUAACAGUUAGUUUGCUGUCUUAAAAUGUACUUUGAAAGCUUCACAAUAAAAUUAUUUUCUGUGAA